UGCCUUCACAGAGCUCAGCAGUCUUCUGAACACCCCAUAACCCCGAAAUUACUGCUGGAUCCACCUGACCGGAGAGGAUUGCAUUAAACAGAUCUGAAGUCUAUCGGAUGCGCUCCUCUGGAAUGAGCCCUUGCUGACACCUUCCUCCUGGACUCUCUCACCGUUUACAAGUACAGGAGUGGUUGUUGCAGUAACCAUGACAGCAUUGCCGUUCCGGGUCGGACCGCUGCUCUUCUCUGGACUUGUCAUCUUCUGCCUCCUCUCUCUGCCUCUCGUCACGUCACAGACGCCAUCACUCCAAGCGACCUCUGACCCGGAGUCUGCGCCCUCUCUUCCUGGAGAGUGCCUGAGAAAAAUGCACCCCGUUACCUCCUACACAGCAGAAGUACAAGCCCAGCUGAGCCUGCCAAACCUAAAGCAUCUCUCUCUGUGUAGGAAUCAUCUUUUCCGGUUGAGUUUGAGCAACGUCUCUCUCCUGCAGGCCACAGAAUGGGGAGUAGACGAGAGCACCAGGAGGUCCUGCCAGAGCAAAGGAAAGACAGAGGAUGAGUGUCAGAACUAUGUCCGUGUCCUCCUGUUGAACGGCAGUCGUCUUUUCACCUGCGGCACUAAUGCUUUCAUGCCCAUGUGUACGACUCGCCCUGUUACGGACAUCUCCAGCGUCCUGGAGUCCAUCGGCGGGGUGGCCCGCUGUCCCUACGACCCUCGACACAACUCUACAGCAAUGAUAACUGAGAGUGGAGAAGUCUACGCGGCCACAGUGACGGAUUUCUCCAGCCGCGACCCUAUUAUUUACCGCAGUCUGGGGAACAUGCCGCCCCUGCGGACCGCACAGUACAACUCCAAAUGGCUCAAUGAACCUCACUUUGUUUCUGCAUACGAGGCGGGCCGCUUCACGUAUCUCUUUCUGAGAGAGAACGCAGUAGAACAGGACUGUGGGAAGAUGGUGUUCUCUCGUGUGGCGCGCGUGUGUCAGAAUGACAUUGGUGGUCGUUUCCUGAACAGCAUUGCUGCGUCAGCGGUGUGUGCGUUUAACCUCAGUGCCAUCACGCAGGCCUUUAACGGACCCUUUCGUUAUCAGGAGAACCCUCGGACCAGCUGGCUUUCCACUCCCAACCCCAUCCCAAAUUUUCAGUGCGGGACAGUGAAUGAUUCGGGUCCGGGUGGUAAUCUAACAGAACGCAGUCUUCAAGACGCCCAGCGGCUCUUUCUCAUGAGCGAGGUGGUUCAGCCCAUCUCCACGGAUCCUCUGGUCAUGCAAGACAACAUCCGUUUCUCCAGACUGGCUGUGGACAUUGUUCAGGGAAGAGACACGCUCUACCACGUCAUGUACAUCGGCACAGAGUACGGCACCAUCAUCAAAGCCUUAUCCACAACUAAUAAGAGUCUGCUCGGAUGUUACUUGGAGGAGAUGAGCAUUCUCCCAGAAAACAUGCAGGAGCCAAUCCUGAACCUGCAGAUUCUGCACAGCGAUAGGUCGCUUUUCGUGGGACUUCCCAGCAGAGUGCUGAAGAUCCCUCUGGAGAGAUGCUCCAACUACAAAACCGAACAGGACUGUCUGGGUGCCAGGGAUCCGUACUGCGGCUGGGACCGGAGACAGAAGCGCUGUACGACGAUUGAGGACAGUUCCAACAUGAGCCAGUGGAGUCAAGACAUCACAAAGUGCCCUGAGCGGAACCUCACCCAGGAUGGUGGAUUUGGCCAGUGGUCACCAUGGCAGGCUUGUAACCAUGACGACGGAGGUGAAGGCACCAGCACAUGUCAGUGUCGCAAACGGGCCUGCGAUAACCCUCGACCCCAGUGUGGAGGGAUGGAGUGUGUCGGGGCGAACAUUGAGGUGGCCAACUGCUCCAGGAACGGAGGCUGGACUCCCUGGUCAUCCUGGGCCGAGUGCAGCACCAGCUGUGGCAUUGGAUUUGAGGUCCGACAGCGGUCCUGUAACAACCCAGCACCCCGACACGGAGGACGCGUAUGUGUGGGUCAGGCACGAGAGGAGAGAUUGUGUAACGAAAAGAAUCCAUGUCCUGUUCCGGUGUCCUGGGUCUCCUGGAGCGCUUGGUCCAAAUGUAGUGUUCCCUGCGGUGGUGGAGUUCAAUCCCGUGUUCGAACCUGCGAGAAUGGAAACACAUGUCCUGGUUGCCCUCUGGAGUAUAAGGCGUGUAACUUGGACCCGUGUGCCGAAGUGAGGCGGACCACACCGUGGACACCCUGGUACCCUGUUAAUGUGACUCAGAUGGGGGCGAGACAGGAGCAGCGGGUCAGGUACACCUGCAGGGCUCUCCUCGCCGACCCUCACGACCUGCAGCUCGGCAAACGCAAGAUAGAGACUCGCCUCUGUCCCACCAGUGAUGGAGCUGCUGCCUGCGAGACUGAUGGUCUAGUUGAGGAUUUGAUGAGAAUGGGUCGACCUGUGACACAAGUGCAAGGAGCCGCCUGGUCGUCAUGGGAAACGUGGUCCGCAUGUUCCAAAGAGUGUUCCAAAGGCUUCCGCACACGCAAGCGCUCCUGCGCCACACCGGAUGGCAAGAGCACGCCGUUCGCCUGCAGCGGAGCGCCGGUCGAGUAUCAGGGCUGCAACACUCAGCCGUGCCUAGUGAAGGGGGCGUGGUCAUGCUGGUCUUCCUGGUCUCAGUGUUCUACUUCCUGUGGUGGCGGUCACAACCAGCGCUCCCGUACCUGCUCUAACCCUUCCCCUGCUCAUUCUGGAGACAUCUGCAUCGGCCUGCACACAGAGGAAGCGCUCUGUAACACACACGAGUGUGAAGGUGGGUGGGGGGCGUGGUCAGAGUGGGCGGAGUGUAACGAGGAGGGGCUGCAGCUCAGGACUCGUACAUGUGAAAUAAGCUCCGCCUCUUGCCAAGGAAACUCCACAGAUCAGAGACGGUGUCGACCCAAUGAGAGCGCAGUGCUGUCAAAGGGGCAGAAGAGGAGCACAAACUGUGGAGGGUUUUCUCUGUUCCAUUUGGUGCUGACUGGAGCGUGUUGUUUUCUGGGAGCUGUUUUGUUGUCCAUCCUGGUGUAUGUGUACUGCCAGAGACUCCGCAAACCCCCUCAGGAAUCCGCAGUUAUCCAUCCCAGCACCCCCAACCACCUACACUAUAAAGAGAACAGCUGUGCACCCAAGAAUGACCUAUACACACCCAUGGAGUUCAAGACUCUGAAUAAGAACAACCUGCUUCCACCAGACGAAAGCUGCAACUUCUUCCCAUCAGCGUUACCGCAGACCAACGUCUACGCCACCACAUAUUACCCGUCUCCUCUGGGCAAAUAUGACUUCCCUUCCAUGGAUUCACCCUGCAGCUACAUGCACAGCUGAUGCAUGGACACACAUCUCAUGCUUUCUUAGGGCUGUGUGACCACGGUUCCACUCCCUCAUCCCUCCAUGCAGAUGCAUUGGCUGAGCGCAUAAUCUGCAUCUCAAAAGACGCAGGAAAAUGCAAAGGAGUGAUGUUCGGAUAAGAUGGGCCCAUGUAGUUUCCUUGUAGCAUUUCCUUUCCUAAAUGUCAUCUCGAACUGGAAGUCACGGGUUCAGCUGAUCACAUGUCGUAUUAACUACAAACUGACUCUCACAAAGCAUGCACACUUCUUACAAUGCAAAGGAGCAAGAGGAAUUCUGGGGAAUUCUCGAAACUGAAUUGUGACGUACUACUUUAUGUGCUGGCGUCAUAAUCGAAAAACUGCAAUGCAGAACUCGCUUUGAGUCGAUUAAGCAUGAAGGCUUACAGACAGCUGCGACGUCUCACAGUAAGCCCAAACAUCUGUUUCCCUUAUUUGAUCUUGGUUUACUUCUUUUUCUGCUCCAGAACUCCAAGAACUACAAAGAUGUGAGAUACAUGGAAUCAGGAUUACCGGUAAUGUGACUGGUUAGCAUCAGUGAUGUAUGGAUGAACUCAUAAAAGAGACUGUUAUCUUCAGUGUCCAAUAAAAGACCUGCGCUCAUGGAUAUAUGGCCGUCCACACACUGUUACACAUAUGGCUGUGGAUUUGUCCGUCAAGACACUUUUUAAAAGGAAAGUUCACCAAAUAUGACAGUUCUGUCAUCAUUUACUCACUCUUAUGUCAUUACAUACAUUUAUGACUUUAUUUCCAAAGGCAAAACACCACAUGUGAAUAUGGUAAAAAAAACAACAUUCUAAUAGAUAUCACCAUAUUUGCCCAGUUGAUUAAUACAGUGCAUUAAGAUAGCUGUUGUGUAUUACAAGCUUUCUGAAAUGUUGUUUAUAUAUGCAAAUGAUGCAUUAUCUAAUUAAAUAUGCAGUCA